AUGCAGACGAGCCAGUUACACACAGUCCAUGCGGAACAGCUUUCUUUCGCCGUGACUGGUGGGUCUGGCGAGUCCGCAUUCAGGGUUCUUCAGCGCAUGGCCGAUCAUGUUAAGAAGUCAUUCGCCGAUUUUAAUGAGAUCCAACCACCACAGGUCCAGUACGAACAUAGCGUUGCUCAGAUCGAUAGCAUAUUGCAACAAUGCUUCAAGCGCCUCCGCGAGCAGCGACCAGAAGACGCUGGUAGCAUCGAAAACGAGAUUAUUCGGUACGCGGGUGAACGGAAAUCGCUGGAGAUAAACGGCCUCAGCAACGCGGAGGACGCAUGCAAGGAUCAGGUCGUGACUGUUUUCCAAGCGUUGUCGGAUCGGCUCGUGGCUACACUACACCCAUCAUUUUUUCAGCAAUCUCUUCAAAAAUUUACCGCAAGGACCCUGGAACCGUGCUUGCUCGAUGACUCGGAGCAAGCUACAGCGCAGGUGGUGCCGCAGAGCGCCAACGACAGCGACGCAGCUGACACAGAACUUCAGAUCAACCACCCUGCAGUCUCCAAUAGUAGCCAGAACGGCAUACUGCACGAUGCAGACAAGGCUGUCUCCCGAAAACGUGAAUGUGCAUUGAGCGGUGAAAUUGCUCCAACCGGUACGAUGCCCAAGCCGUCACCGUUGGCAAUGGCUGAAGUCGCUGGCUUCGCGGCGUCUGAUACGCGCUGGGGGAUCCAUCAAAUCAAAACAGGCAGUUUCACCAGCGUUGAAUCAUCCAAGUCAUCCACACAGCUCUGGUGCUGGCUUGAGGAGAGUAAAUCUCUCAGGUAUAUGUUGCUCAGUGACAUGGAGUGGAGAUGCGCAGAAUAUCCCGUUGAUUUUGACGUCCAGUUGGAGGAUGUCGCUACAGUGAGAGCAAGUGCGCAAUCAUGGCGAGUUCGUCUGGUCAUGAAGGAGCAUGUCGCAUCUGGGCAGCAUAAACCGUCGAGAGGAGAUGUUAUGGUUGUUUUUGAAAAUCGGGAGACUGCGCACCAUUUUUUGCAAUUUUGUCACGAUCAAGACAUACCUAUUUCUGAACAAGAACCGCCGGCAAUGGUUACCGAGUGGCGAAACAUGAAGUCUGUCUGUACCUUAACAGAUGACCAUUAA